AUGCCCCCUCCAGCUACAGCCAAUCUGGGUUACACUCCCCCAGACGGAGGAUGGGGCUGGGUGGUCGUCUUUGCUGCUUUCAUCUCUAUUGGAUUCUCCUACGCUUUCCCCAAGUCUCUUACUGUGUACUUCAAGGAGAUUCAAGAAUACUUUGGCGCGUCCUACAGUGAGAUAGCAUGGGUGUCCUCCGUCAUGCUCGCCUCCAUGUAUGCCGCAGGGCCCAUCAGCAGUGCUUUGGUAAACCGCUACGGCAGCAGACCUGUGGUGAUGGUGGGUGGAAUCUUGGUCGGAGUGGGGAUGGUCUCUGCAUCCUUUGGCACCUCGAUAGUGCAUCUGUACAUCUGUGUCGGAGUUAUUGGAGGUUUUGGACUCGCCCUCAACCUGCAACCUUCUCUGACCAUUAUCGGCACUUACUUUCAGGCCAAAAGGCCUCUGGCUAAUGGACUGGCCAUGACAGGAAGUCCAGUGGUGUUGUUCACUCUUGCUCCUCUGAACCAGUACCUGUUUGAUUCUUAUGGCUGGAGGGGAAGCUUCCUCAUUUUAGGAGGCAUUGUCCUGAACUGCUGUGUGGCUGGUUCUCUGAUGAGACCAGUGAAGAAAACGGUUGUGUCCAAAACCGAGCCUUCAGAGUGUCAUGAGAAGGAGGCAGCAGGCUCGCCGAGGACUGAAGACAGCUCGAAGAGCCAGAGCUCUCUGCUUUUUGAGACGCUCAUGGACCUAGUGGGAGCUAAGCGCUUCUCCAGUGCUGUGGGGCUAUGCACUAUUAUAGAGUGUGGGCCUGUGCUCCUGGGACCCCCCAUGUCAGGAGCCCUGGUGGAUGUCUUUGGAGACUACAAAUACAUGUACUACGUGUGUGGUGUGUUUAUGCUAGUGCCUGGAAUCUACUUCUUUGUUAUGCAUUACUACAAUUACAGGAAGCUGGAGGAGGAGAGGCACAGAGCAGCUGUGGAGAUGAGGACUGCUGAAGACACAGUACACUUGAACAUAAAUCAGAAAUAA